AUGGCUUUUUACAAUGCCGGCAAUAUUGCAAAUGUAAUCAAUGCAACUGAUUAUACGGAUGAAACUAAUAUUACAGACGAUCUCACUAUAAUUCCCUUAGAAAAGGAUAGUUUCGCGAUAUGCGAGUUGUGUGGCCGUGUUGGUCGUCGGGGGCAAUUUUAUACACGAAACAAUAAGUUUUGUUCACUUAGAUGUCACGCUAGUAGUACUAGAAGGCGUCACUGUAAUUGGAGAUUUAAAUUAAUGGAAGGUGCAGAACACAUGGCGGGUAUGAUUCCGCUGGAACCAUUGCCACAGCUGCAGCACUGGCAGGCAACACUGAAUGACUUUCAGGCUGGCCCUAUAAAGCAUUCUGCAGCGUUAGUAGCUAACAGUUAUGAAUGGAAAGAUGAACUGUUUGGAUGUGAUUUUCUUGGUGCACCUGUUAGUUUAUUUAAACAUGCUCCACUUCAUGAAAUGUGGGAUAAUACAUUUGAAGGCAUGAAAGUAGAAGUUAAAAAUACAGAUUGUGAAAACCAUUCAGAUAAACUUAGUGACUACUUUUGGGUAGCUACAGUAUUAAAGGUGAAAGGAUAUAUGGGACUUUUGCGCUAUGAAGGCUUUGGUAGUGAUAAUUCUAAAGACUUUUGGGUUAAUCUUUGCUGUUCAGAAGUCCAUCCUGUAGGAUGGUGUGCAACACGUGGCAAGCCUUUAAUACCUCCACGAAGUAUUGAAGACAAGUACACAGAUUGGAAAAAAUUCCUAGUUAAGCAGCUAACUGGUGCGCGAACUUUACCGGCUAAUUUCUAUAGUAAACUAAAUGACAGUUUAGUAUCAAGAUUCUCAAUAGGUUCUGUAAUGGAAGUAGUUGAUAAAAAUAGAAUUUCCCAAGUUAAGGUAGCUACAGUAUGUGAAAUAAUAGGCAAACGUUUACAUGUAAAAUAUUACGAUAGUGUUCCUGAAGACAAUGGUUUUUGGUGUCAUGAAGAUUCUCCACUUAUACAUCCUGUUGGUUGGGCGUUUAGAAUCGGUCAUCCUUUAGACGCACCACAAUCUUAUUGCCAAAGGGUAGCUGCUGGACGGCUAGUACCAAACGAUACAACGCCGGAUAUGUUUUAUAAGUAUCCAAGCAAUGAACCACCUUUGUUUUCGGAAGGAAUGAAGCUAGAAGCAAUAGAUCCGUUAAAUCUUUCAGCAGUUUGUGCAGCAACUGUGAUGCAAAUAUUGAACGAAGGCUACAUGAUGAUAAGAAUAGAUUGCUAUCCGGCGGACGCAUCAGGGGGUGACUGGUUUUGUUAUCAUCAGAGAUCGCCUUGUAUAUUCCCUGUUGGAUUCGCAGCAGCCAAUAACAUUCCACUGGUUCCACCUGCGGGGUUUACAGUAGAAGAGUUCUCUUGGGAACAAUAUCUGCCCGUGUGCGGGGGAAUCGCCGCUGAUCGAACGCUUUUCGCGGCGCGGGGACACGUGGUCUCGCAUGGUUUCGUAGCAGGCAUGCGGUUAGAGUGCGCAGAUCUCAUGGACCCAAGACUUGUGUGCGUCGCAACUGUUGCUCGAGUAGUCGCUGAUUUACUCAAGGUACACUUCGAUGGUUGGGGAACCGAAUACGAUCAAUGGUUAUGGGCUCAUAGUACGGAUGUGUAUCCCGUUGGCUGGUGCCGAGCAGUGGGACACAGGCUCGAAGGCCCAUUACAACCUCCACCAAGACCGCCUCGCAAGCACCCGCCGAAGCAACCGAAACGACGAAAGAAACAAGGGUUAAAAGGAACGGCACAACCUCCAAAUACAAAUGAAGAAAAUUCACAAAACUCCGAUAUGGGGGAUACAAAAAGCGACACUAAAAGCCUUUCCCCGCCGACAAGUAUAUCAGAGACUUCGGCUGAUACGGAAGCUAAACCCGAACAAGAAGCUGAUGUGGUGGAAGCUACUCCAGUCAAGAUGGACGUCGACCCGGAGUCAAAAGACAGUAAUGAACCAUCUGAAGAACGUCUUGCAGAUAUCAGUGAAGAUAUUCCGAGUUUACCUACACCUGCCGACAUAUGCAAUGAUUCAAGUCAGAGUGUUGCACAGCUGUCUCCAGAACUACCAGAAGAAGAGGACUCGGAUAAGGUGAUACCCAGACUAGUCAAUAACUCAGUGCCCCCAGAGGUACUUAAUAUAGUUGAUCCAGAGAAUUGGACAACUGCAGAUGUAGCCAAAUUCCUAACAGUUAAUGAUUGUCAACCAUAUUGUAUCAACUUCAUCAACAUAACCGGUGCAAUGAUGCUACAGCUAUCUAAAGACGAAAUCAUCGAAUUAUUAGAAAUGAAAGUAGGACCCUCUUUGAAAAUUUUUGACUUGAUUCAACAGUUAAAAUGUAAAAUAAAACAACCACAAUGUAGAAUGCUUAACUUUAAGUAG